AUGCGAGUUUGCGGACAGAUCAUGUGCAAACAAUUUCAAAGUAACGCCUGGUGCGACCGGUACUACUGUCCCUUUGCCCACGCGUUGAGCGAGCUUCGACCAGCUGAUUUGUUUUAUCCGCCAUCCAAGGUGUUCGGCUCCUACGAAGAUCAGGAUGCUCUCUGCCCGGAUAUAUACCUGCCGUCGGACAAGCCCCAUCCUCGCCUCAGGGCGAGAUUUCUGGCCAUCAUGGACUCCGUCGGCCCCGGACAUUCGCACCAAUUUGGAACAACUACGGAAUCGUUGGCAAACUCCAACCGCACACGUCACCCUCACACCGACUUCAUAUCUUCACAUACCCCUCAGUCCGUUCUUUCGGACACCCACUCCCCGUCAAAUAGUGCGAGAGUCGAAGACGGUACCCCUCUCGCCAGUCAGACGUCGCAACUAAAGAACUGUGGAGAGUCACGAGUCCAGUGGCGGGAGCAAAACAUCGGCCACUCGGCAGCAGAAGCGUCCACAUCUGCACAUGCGCAGGAGCACAAACGAAGUGGUGAACCCGCUUUGGAACAAAAGGAGCAGAACCUUCAUGCGCGUGAUAUUUCUGGUGGGCCUGCAGUUGCAGCGUCUCGGAAGAACGGGGCGCAUCUCCUGGGUUCCGUUCCUCUGAAACACCCCGGCCAACGAUCUCUGGCCAAGGACAACCAUGUGACCGCCACAGCAAACAAUGGAGGGAGCAUCCUGGGGAAUCCAGGCAAGCAAUUCCCGCGCCGACCAAGCCAGGGCACCAGCUGCGGCAUCCCGCAGCUUACUGCAUCUCCACGCGUGUACGCGGGCAAGCAGUCGAGCCAAGACUGUGCAACAAACUGCAUGGAUUUGGAGAAAGACCUCCACAGAGGGGCUGGAUGCCUAGGUUCACUACACACGGAGAAGCUCCUACUGCUGCCGACCUCGGCUCUCAGCACAAUCAGCGAUGCAACCAGAAGCCCGACCGCCGCAACACCGUUUGUAAUAUCCUGCGUUGUGCAGCCACAAGUGACGGCCGAGAGAAGCGCAAUAUUGGCUCCACAGCAAGGAUCACAGGAAAUAAGCAGUCCUGCAGAGGGAUGUGCUGGCAGUCCGCCAGGGUUUUUGCCUCAAAGCACCGUCUUUGGACGCGCUUCCUGCCGCCCCUUGGUUGUGUCGUCAGCUCUCACGAUACCGCGACCCGUGGGAAAGUCUCUUGACUGCGACUCAGAGCAUGAGACUCACGAAAAGAUGGUCACCACGGCAACUGGUCAAAGCUCAGCGGAACCGCUCGAUCGAUGCGCUUUUGAAGCUGACGUAAAGCCAGCGGGGUACGACGACAAGGAAUCUCCCCGACGGUCUGGGAGUGGUGACCGAAUCACCAGCCGAACGCCAGCGUUUUUCGUGUCGAGCAACCAGGGCCAGUCUGGAAGCCUUAAACAGCUGGCAGAUAAUAUAUACUACUGGAGUGAACCUAUUGGGCAAAGCAGAGAUGACCCUAGUGUUCUGGUGUUUACGGGGGUCCUUCUCGGAUCGAAUAAGCAACCGCGGGAGACUGUGGCGAUAAAGCAGGUCCCAGUUGUGGUCACAAGCCGGAUGCGAGAUUCGUUUGCGGAGCUGGAGCAGUUUGCCCAUGUCCACGAUCCUCUAAUUGUAAACACCAAGGGAGUCUACUGCAUGCACAAUGACGACGACGAAGGCAUGUCUUUGAUGCUUGUUUUAGAAAAAUGUGAGGGGUGCCUGGCAGACAUGAUCGCCAUCAGUGAUCUAGGUGAACGUUGCCUCCAAGAGCCUCUUCCGCCGCAGGGAAUGACUGAAAUGCUUUCUCAUUUGCUGUCGGGAGUCUUGAAAAUCCAGCAGUACGGGCAUUCUGCACACAUGCGCAUUCACCCUGGCAAUAUCAUGCUUACUGAAAAUUUCGAGCUUAAAGUUGGCGACUGUGCGGGGAAAAUUCGUUACCUUAGUAUCUUUGAUUUGCUUCAUGCUGGCGUCCAGGGCGCGAAAAACGCGAAGGAGCUCAUUCACUGGAUCCUCAAUUCUCCGCAAGAGGCGGCGUGGCUUGCACCCGAGUUCAUCCGAUCGCUCAUGCACAUAGCGCAGCAAAUUAGUGCACUCAUCGACCAAUAUGAGGCGCUGCCACCAGAAAACCGCAAGGGUGUGAGCUUUUCUGUGCUGGCAAACAGUCUGAAAUGGCCCUCCAGCUUCCUGCAAAAGGCCGAUGCGUGGUCCACAGGCGCUACACUCUUUUAUAUCAUCAGCGGUGGCCUUCAUCCGUAUGGCGACACCAGCGAUCGGUCGAUAAUAACACAUAUCCUAGAGGACAGGAAGGUCAACCUCGAGAAGUACUGCUAUCUUAUCUCACGUCUCCGUCGUGUCUAA